UUGUUCCCCAGGGAGGUUGCACACACGAUGCCAGCAAACAACUCACGUGAGCUGGACCGGUCGGAGGCCAUACCGACCGUCACUCUGGAGGAGCUUGAGGGAUUCCUGUCACCACUCAGAGCCAAGAAAACCGCCCCUGGGCCGGACGGCGUUCCAGGACGCGUCCUGGCUCUCGCCCUGGGCGAGUUGGCCGAGUGUGCGGACAGCGAAUUACUAGGAAUGGUAGAUGAAGGAUCUCUGGGAAGUGCAGAUUGUGAGAGAUCGCAAUUAGUGUCGCAAUCGUUUCUCGAUAAUAACGAAGAAAAUAGUACGUCCUACAAUUUUAAAGAUCUGUCUGGCACAGUGGCAUACAAACUUAUACCGAUGACAGGGAAUCAAACUCCUAACAACAUGGCUACAGAGUCUAUUACAUCUGGUGUCCUACCGAGUGGUGAAUUUUAUGUGAUUGGUAAUCCUGUACAAGUUUUUGGAACGGAAGCCGGACAGAAAAAAGUUGUUAGAAGGAAGAGUGCUUUGCAGAAUAAAGUUAUCACCGCUAAGAAGCGUGACGAUAAACGACGCGCUACUCACAACGAGGUUGAAAGGCGUCGUCGUGAUAAAAUUAACAGUUGGAUCACAAAAUUAGCUGCAUUGGUGCCAAACUCAGGUCUACAAGAUACAGCUAGUAAGGGAGGGAUAUUGGCGAAGGCGUGCGACCACAUCACUGAACUCACAGAAAGACAGAAAAAAUUAGAAAAACUAGAAGUUGAUAACGACAAACUAGUGUUAGAAGUCUUAAGAUUGAACCAGGAGCUUGCUGAUUUGAGAAAGGAAAAUGCUUCAAUGAGAAGUCAAUUGGCUGAUAACUGUAUAGUUUCAAUGCAGAACAGACGAGCUCGAGGACAGAAAUCUUAG